GUUGACGAACACUAGGAUGCUUCCACAAUGUCGAUGCUUACACGGAAAGGCACGAUGGUCCGGAAAGGUCGGGGAACUAUCAAAAGGUCCGGAUCGGCAAAGUCGAAGCCCGGAAGAACCCGACGCCAAACGGACGACUUCGACACAAGCUCUAUAAGCAGCACGCCGGCAGCAUCGACCACGGGGACCCCUGUCCGCGAGACCAACUACAAACCAUCGCCAGCUAAAAGUGUGGCUAGUACAGCCAACACCAUUGUUUCGUUUGACGAUGGGAAGAAGCUGUACCAGACGAGCGUGCGGUGGACGUCCCAGGUGUCGACCGUGGAGCCGCCGAGUCGCGGAGAGGUCUACCUCCAGAUCCAGGAGGUCAACAAGGAGGCAGACGACACCCUCGACUUCGUCUGUCGCGCAUCAGACGUCCUCUGUAACACUAUUUGUGUGACUAUCCUCAUAGGAAUCACCAUGGCCGUGCCAGUGGGGAUGGUAUCGUGUGGCAUCAAGUACCUCAGCGAGUGUCCCAAACAGCCGAAGAUCCCCGUCUACCUGAUGGUGGGCGGCUGCCUGGGGACCAUCAAAAUCAUCGGGAUGCUGUGGAGGAACAUCCAGAUCCGGCGCUACGAGAGCAUGGACGCCUUCUUCGACGCCCACGACAACGACACGGCGUCUGGCACGAACACGUUCAAGUUCAUGGACGGCGUGCUGUCGACGUUCCUGUUCGGCUGGCAGAUCACGGGCUCGUACUGGGUGUUCUCCAUCUGGGAGCCGCACUACAAGCAGCUUCUACACGAGCCGAGCAACUGGUGCGACCAGACCGUCUACAUGUUCUCAGUCAUCCAGAUCCUCAGCUGCUACGCCGCCAUGUGCCUUGGACUCGUCGUGUUGUGCUGUCUGGCCAGCUGUUAUAAGUACACCAGCGUGUUCGACGCCUAAUAUAUAUAUAUAUUGAUAAACCUGUCCUGGACGUGGGGGUGGGGGUGGGGGUGGGGGUGGGGGUGGAGCCGGUGAAAGUCGACACCUGCGCCUAGGGCAGCGGCGGAAUGUGCA